CCCCGGGGGAGCAGCUCAGCGAGUGCUCAGCGGCAGCGGUGGGAGGAGGAUGUGUCGUACAUCACCAUCACGACAGCAGAGACAGGCAGGAAGGAGCAGUAUAGAAUUGAUUUAGGGCAACAGGGUGCAGUGGUGUAGCACACGACACACGAGCAGACAGCAAGAGUAGCAGCACGCAGAAGGCAGACGGCAGCACGACGAGCCCCAACACAAAGCCCUCCUUUCCUGCGACCCCACGCUCCACACGUACACACACUAGGCACAUUGACACGUCGCCGUUGACAGCCUGAACAGACCGCAUCUGAUACACGCUCGACCGCUACACUGGUGAAGCGAUUGACCGCGGUGUAACACAUACACACAAACACAUACAAGAGAAACAGAUGUCUGACUCGGAAUCUGUGAACCUACCACGUCACCGAGGGACGCUGAACAUGGACGCCUUGGCCACAGACCGCCCCAGCGAGGAAGAGCUGUACCAGCCGAGCAAGCAGAUAGCGCCAUUGAAGGAGAUUGGAGCGUCUGAGAUUAUGGAGGAGACCAUAUCGGAUUUCGAAGACGAGGAAGCAGUCGGCAACGGGCACAUGAACGGAAACGGGAAGGUGCAGGAGGAUGCCAGCGCCAGUCAGGACCCUGUGCCUGACAGAGCGUCGCUUCACCCACACCGCUCCGAGAUCACCAUGAUAACCGAGGAGCUCACGCAGAUAAACAACGCAAAAUCCGGAUUUGACUCCAGCGAAGAAGAGGAAGAAAAAGAAGAGGAAGAAGCAGAGAAGAGGCAGCUGGACAAGGCCGGCGACCAGUCGAAUCAACAGCAGGGUCCCACCGAGCGUGCCGAGCAGAGGCAUAGCCAGCAUGGCAGCCACGUGCAAGGGGACAUUGAAAUGCAAGAGGACGACGAAGAAGGAGAUAGGUCAGAGAUUACCACUCCUGAGAUGAAGCCUGUAGAUAACCUCGACGAGCACGAUCUUCUUUUGAGCACCCCUCGUGCCAUCACUACCCAGCACAAUGCCAACCGCACCCCUAGGUCUCGCCACUCAGCCCACAAUGACGCCAUCGCAGAGGUCGCCAACUUCGACUUCUCCACCCCGGACCUGCUCGACUUCGACGACCAGCUGAACCAACACCAGACACUUUCUCCGAUGAUUGGCGAGUUCGAGGGCAUGCAGUUGACCAACGAAGAGAACAUGCAGCUACUUACCCCAAACAGACAACUGCUUUACAAAAAUCUCGAAGUGCCGUCUGAGUCUGCCUUGAUGAACGAACGCUUAGACACCCACUCCAACGACUUGACUGAAGACAAGGGCUCGGGCUCUAUCUUUGACAUAAACCAGCUGAAGAUGGAUUUGUCUUCCAAAGACUUGAAACCCCCCUUUGCCACAAACAUGAAAACGGCAGCCUCUUCAGACCUCGACUUCAACUCGAUCAUUGAGAACUAUAACCAGAUCGACAACGGAAUAACUGCUUCCACCAACAGCCUCGACUUUGUGCAAGAAAGUCACCGAGGCGGGGAGAAAACCCAACCCUCCAGCGCCGGCGCCGGCACUAUUGCAAACACACAUGCAAAUGUGCUCAAUAAAAGCACCAGCAACACAACAGUCACUCAAAAAGCCGACAAUCUGAACUCUACAUUAAACGAGCGGUCUUCUUCCACUUUACCCUCCGACCCAACAUCAUUUACUAGCAACUCUUCGAGGGGCCAUGCAAGGUCCAACUCUAUACCUCAUGAUAUAAAAACGAGACAGCUACCGAAAACAUCAAACUCAGUGCAGGAUCUCCCCAACAAGCAAAAGAAGAAGAAAAAGCUUUUCAACGGGUUUACCAAAGUGUUUGGCAUGAACUCAAGCUCUCGUUCGUUAUCUCAAGACCUGAAAAUAUCCGCUCCUAAGAAUGUAGUUUUGAAGACACAUGUUAGUUACGAUUCAGAAACUCAAACUUACAAAGACCUACCUCAGGAAUGGGCAAGGAUACUUACGGCCCAGGGCAUAUCUGUUGCCGAGCAGCAGGCGAAUCCGGUAGAAGCAAAGGAAGUCCUAAAGUUUUACUCUGAAGCUUAUGGUAAGGGAGGCAUGCCAGGAGAAGGAGAUAAGUUCAUGGACGUUUCAUCGAGAAACCGUACUAAACGAUCUUCAAGUGAUAGCGAUUUCAUGGACUCGACUCAAGAAGUUGCUCAAGACUCUUCCAACGAGACGACACAUAUCACGACGGACACAUCCAACAGUUAUCCAAGACAAUCAUACAAGAGUGAUACAUCACUCUCUUCUGCCGCCAAUAGAAACUUGUAUCAAACGCCUAGAACAGAGAAUAGCAACUUUUCUAACACUCAAACAAGUCCAACUUUCGACAGCAAGGGCGAUAUCGAGUACAUACCGAAAAGACACGCACCGCCACCUCCUCCAUCUGCUUCUACGGUUUCUUCAUCUGCUAACCAAACUAGAACCCCAUCUUCUAGUGGAAGUAAAUCAAUCUCAUUAUCAAGACAUGCUUCUCUUUCAAAUGCUCGUAAACAUCUUGGCUCCAAUAAUACCUCUCCAGUGACAAAUAAAAGGGUUAUAAGCUCUGGUAGUACUGGAAGAAGUGCGCCAAACUCACCUUCCACUUCCAUCAUUGAAUCUUUCUCUCGUCGUUUCAGCAAAAAGAGAUCAGCAACGAAUGCAGCCGAUUACAAACCACGCAUUAUCCAUCUGUCGGAGGGUAUAACGAACCCUGAUGGACCUAUUCAAAUUUCUACACCAGCUCAAGCAAGUACCACUGCUUUUAUUAGUAAGGGAAGUUUGAGCCCUGCAAUUUUGUCCAACUAUGGGUCACCAAACGUUAGCGAUACACAUUCAUUGAGUUACCACGAGCCAAAACGCGCACCACCACCACCACCUUCAACGUUCACAUCUAAGUCUGCGUUAGAUCCCUCACAAGGUUCAACAGCUGAUGAAUUCUUAGCGCCUGAACCUUUCUCAACACUCAAAUCCCCUGUUUCUCUAUCGAAAGACAUUCCUCCAAUGAGUGAUGUCAAUGAUAUAAUUGAGGAAGAAAACGACGAAGUAAAUGAAGAUAUGUUUAAGAUGAACACAACAGAGAAGGACAUCAGGACAAGCCAUCAAGUUUCAAAGCCGGAAGAAGAUGAGCUACAACGUCCUACUGAAGAUGAACUAAAGGCAAAAAUUGAUAAAAGCUUACCUCCAGUUCCUUUCCCAGCUACUACUCCAGCAACUGGUAACGAAGACAAGAGGAAGAGUCAAGAGGAUUCAAGGCUAUCCUCGACUAAAGACAAGCAAUCAAUUCCCCCUAUUCCAAUUGCGCCUCCGGUUUCCGCUCCUGCGAAGUCUUCAAAGAAACAAAUGUCAGAGGAAGAACAAGAGAGACGUCGUGAGAUACGCCGGGCGAAGGAUGUCAAAUACAUGAGAAAGCUUCGUGAGAUUUGUUCGCAGAAGGAUCCAAGCGAAAGGUACCAUGAUCUUGUAAAAAUUGGCCAGGGUGCAUCUGGUGGUGUUUACACUGCCUAUGAUAACGUCACCAAUCAAUGUGUUGCAAUCAAGCAAAUGGAGCUGGAAAAGCAACCUAAAAAAGAGCUGAUUAUCAACGAAAUCCUUGUCAUGAAAGGUUCAAAGCAUGGCAAUAUUGUCAACUUCAUUGAGUCCUAUCUACUCAAAAAGAAUCUAUGGGUUGUUAUGGAAUACAUGGAGGGUGGAUCUUUGACAGAUAUCGUCACUCAUAGUAUUAUGACCGAAGGACAAACGGGUGCAGUUUGCCGUGAAACGUUGAAAGGUUUGAGAUUUCUUCACUCAAAAGGUAUCAUUCAUCGUGAUAUUAAAUCUGACAAUAUUUUACUUUCUUUGACUGGUGAUAUCAAGCUAACUGACUUUGGUUUCUGUGCACAAAUCAAAGACCAUGCAUCCAAGCGUAACACGAUGGUGGGUACACCAUAUUGGAUGGCACCUGAGAUUGUCAAAAAGAAGGCUUAUGGUCCCAAAGUCGACUUAUGGUCUCUUGGUAUCAUGACUAUUGAAAUGAUAGAAGGUGAACCACCUUAUUUGAAUGAGACACCACUGCGUGCGCUAUUUUUGAUCACCACAAACGGCAAGCCGCAGUUGAAAGAGAGGGAGUCUCUGAGCUCUGAACUGCAAGAAUUCCUUGACGCUUGUCUAGAGGUCAAUCCCGAUAAACGUGCUAAUAGCGUUCAACUGUUGAAUUCCAAGUUUAUUGAAAUGGCGGCUAACAAUUUAACAUUGGCGCCACUUGUUCAACUAGCCCGGACUGAAAAGCAGAAAGAGCAGGAACAAGAUCAAGAGCAGGAACAGCAGGAUAGCGAAGAAGAUCCAGAUCAUGAACAAGAAGAUUAUGAAGAACAAGAGUACGUACAGGAACACGUGAGAUCAAACGUACAGGAAUACGUAUCGGAUCAAGAAGAAGAAGGAGAAGAAGAAGAACAAGAAAAAAAUCAAUUACAUCAACACGGACACGAACCCCUACAGCACGACACCGAGAGGGAUACUUUAGAAGAAUUCAACAACGCAUAGUUACUGUGUAACGACUUUUUUAUAGCUUAGACGUAAUGCAUUAAAUACACACAUCAUAAAAGCUGUAAGUUAGUUGCAUAGAGAACUUGAAAUUGGUCGCCUUUUUUUUUGAGUGUGCGCUUCCAGAAAGAGCAGUUGGGCCGAAGCCGAGAAAAGAAGCCAAAGGUGGAUG